AUGGCCGCCGGCUCAGGAUGCGGGGACUCGGUGGACCGGUACCGGGCCGAGGUGCAGCGGCUCACCGGGGAGCUGGCCGAGGCGAACCGGGAGAAGGUCCGGGCUGCGGAGUGCGGGCUGGUGGUGCUGGAGGAGAACCAGGCGCUGAAGCUCAAGUAUGCGGAGCUGGAGAGCGAGCAGGAGACCCUGAGGAAGGAGCUGGAGCAGCUGCAGGAGGCGUUCGGCCAGGCCCACACCAACCAGCGUAAGGUGGCGGAGGAUGGGGAGACCAACGAGGAGACACUGCUGCAAGAAUCCGCCUCCAAAGAGGCUUACUACACCGGGCGUGUGUUGGAGCUGCAGACGGAGGUGACGCUGAGCCGCUCGGUGGCGUCCAACGCCACGGCGGAAAACGAGCGGCUCAACCUGCUCGCGCAAGAGCUGCGAGAGAGUAACGAGAUGCUGGAGCUGCAGAGGAGCAGGAUGAGGGAGGAGAUCAAGGAGUACAAGUUCAGAGAGACCAGGCUUCUCCAGGACUACACCGAGCUGGAGGAGGAGAACAUCACGCUGCAGAAACUGGUCUCCACUCUCAAGCAAAACCAGGUGGAGUAUGAGGGACUCAAACAUGAAAUCAAGGUGCUGGAGGAGGAGACCGUUCUUCUCAACAGCCAGCUCGAAGACGCUCUACGCCUGAAGGACAUCUCCAUGGGUCAGUUGGAAGAAGCCCUGGACGCCCUGAAGAGCGAGCGUGAGCAGAAGAACAACCUGAGAAAGGAACUCGCCCACCACCUCAGCCUGAGUGACAGCGUCUACGGGGCCGGGGCCCACCUGGCGCUCACCACCAUUGUAACCAACGGCAGCACCCUGCCCGUCGCUAAUGGCAACAACGAGGACAGCAACUGGCGCAACGGUCACAUGCACGUGGGCACGGGGCUGGGGAAGAUGAACGGGGAGUAUCGGCCCGGCCGGAAGGGAGAAGCUCUGCACCCGGUGCCGGACCUGUUCAGUGAGCUCAACCUGUCAGAGAUGCAGAAGCUCAAACAGCAGCUGCUGCAGGUGGAGUGUGAAAAGGCCGCGCUGCUCUUGAACCUGCAGGAGUCACAGACUCAGCUGCAGCACACGCAGGGCGUCCUGACCGAGCAGAACGAGCGCGUCCAUCGUCUCACGGAACGAGCCAAUGCCAUGAAACGUCUCAACGGCGACAAAGAGCUCGAAGAGCCUCAAGAGAGCGAGAAGCCCGAUGGUGGCUCGGUGUCGCCGCCGGCAAAUGGUCACCAUGAAACCGACAUCCACGGGUUUGAGAUCCUGGAGUGUAAGUACAAGGUGGCGGUGACGGAGGUGAUCGACCUGAAAGCGGAGCUCAAGGCCCUGAAGGAGAAGUACAACCAGGCGGUGGAGGGUCAGGGAGACUGCCACAGUGACGACAGGGUCCAAGCACUGACUGAACAGGUAACCCAUCUGGAGCGUGAAGGCCGGGAGCGGGUGGCGAGCCUGGAGGCCGAGCUGCGAGCGGCCACCAGCACGGCCACGGAGAGUCAGGGGAUGCUGAACACAGCGCAGGACGAGCUGGUCACCUUCAGCGAGGAACUGGCACAGCUCUACCACCACGUCUGCAUGUGCAACAACGAGACGCCCAAUCGCGUCAUGCUGGACUACUACCGCCAGAGCCGCGUCACACGCAACGGCAGUCUGAAGGGCUCCGACGACCACCGGGCUUUGCUCUCGCCUCGCUUGGCACGACGCCUCGCUGCAGCGGCCGCGGCGUGCUCCCACGAGCCCCAGAGCAGUCCCAUGGGCUCGCCAUCCAAAGACGCCCAUCACAACGAGACGCCGGCCCCCCCCGGGGACUCCUCAUCCUGCCACAGCAGCCCCACCCGCAGCCUCACGGGCUCCCCAGGCAUCAGCAUCUCUCCUUGCCCGUCUCCACUGCACUCGGAGGUCGGAGGGGACCUGCGGAAGGAGCCCAUGAACAUCUACAACCUGAACAUCAUCAUCAGAGACCAGAUCAAACACCUGCAGAAGGCCGUGGACCGCUCGCUGCAACUGUCCCGGCAGAGGGCUGCGGCCAGGGAGCUGGCGCCCAUGCUGGACAAGGACAAGGAGUCGUGCAUGGAGGAGAUCCUCAAGCUCAAGUCCCUGCUCAGCACCAAGAGAGAGCAGAUCGCCACGCUCAGGCUGGUGCUCAAGGCCAACAAACAGACGGCAGAGGGUGCGCUGGCUAAUUUGAAGAGCAAGUAUGAGAAUGAGAAGUUGAGGGUGACCGAGACCAUGAUGAAGCUGAGGAACGAGCUGAAGGCUCUGAAAGAAGACGCCGCCACCUUCUCGUCUCUCAGGGCCAUGUUCGCCACGAGGUGCGACGAGUACGUGACCCAGCUGGAUGAGAUACAGAGGCAGCUGGCGGCAGCGGAGGACGAGAAGAAGACGUUGAACUCCCUCCUCCGCAUGGCCAUCCAGCAGAAACUGGCCUUGACCCAGCGUCUGGAGGAUCUGGAGUUUGACCACGAGCAGAUCUACCGAGGCCGCGGCGCCAAAGUGCCCAAGAUCAGAAGCAGCCCGCCCAAAAUUGUCAGCAGUCUGCUGCCUCAGUAUCGUCACUUUCCCCACAACUAA